CUCCCCUCUGACGCCCCGGAGCCAAAUAAAUAGGAGGCUCUCCAGCUCCACAGCACACUUGAGCUCAGCAUCUCCAAGAACAAGUUUCUCCCCUCAAAUACUUCCAGCAACAUAAACAAACAUGAGUCCCAGCAUCACUGCUGAGGCCAGCCUGCCUACCCCUUCUCGGUCCACCGUGGCCCAGAGAAAACAAGCCAACGAACUCAGAAAGACUCUGAAACCGCUGCUGGAGAAAAGAAGGCGUGCUCGCAUCAAUGAUAGUCUCAGCCACCUGAAGAGCCUGAUUUUGCCUCUUAUUGGCAAAGACAACGCACGCUACUCCAAACUGGAAAAGGCUGAUAUUCUAGAAAUGACAGUCCGCUUCCUCAGAGACCUUCCUUCCUCUCCAGUCAAAGACUCUGCAGACAGUUACAGAGAGGGCUACAAAGCUUGCCUACAGCGCGUCUCCGCGCUGCUCCCCAAAACCAGCAUGGACCAGGACGCGUGCCAGCGCGUCCACGAGUUCGUGCAGCAGUCCAUGUCCACCACCGUCACACCAACCUGCCUGAACUGCUGCGCCCAGAGCUCCAGAGCCAUCCCUCAGAUUCAGCAGCGACUCCAGAGCCUGAAGUCCAGUUUCUGCUCCAGACCAGAGAGCCAGUCUCGCAGCGGCGCAGCAGCUCCCAGAGCGCAGUCCGCUCCGCAGCCGCUCAGCGCUGCUGUAUGGAGACCUUGGUAGAACCUCUGGAUGUUUAAUUCCCCUGUAUUUAUUUAGUCGUGUUUAUAUUCUAUUAUCAGCAGUUUUAGUGAUUAAUGUUGAAGUUAACUGAGCAUUUGACUCAUGUUGGCUUUGGAUGCCAUUUGGCACGAGCACAGAUCUCACGCAAUCCUCUUUGGGGUUUCAGAGACGCGGGUUGUAGACAACACUUGUAAAACCCCAAGGGUUAUUUUGUACGAGGGUUGCACUGUGGACUUAAAGUAUUUUGGUCUGCGCAACAGAACAGUCUGUAAACACUAUGUGUUGAUUAUUUAUUAUUUGUCACAUGUGUAAGAAAACAUUUUGGAAUGUUUGUCAUUGACAAAAAAAGUUUUCAAUAAAAAAAUCGAACGAAGA